AUGUCCUCAGACAAAAAGCGCAAACGGUCCUCCACCGUUCUCCCCGAUAUCAAGAUCACCACCGCACCCACCACCGACACCCCCCCCAUCGUUGCCACCUCUCAUGGCAUCACCCUCCCCCCAACUCUCCCAUUAACUCCCUACACCCGCACCACCACAACCAGCACCAAAAAGUCGCGCAAGUCCGAGCACCUCCUCCACGGCUCCACCCAGCGAAUCGACUACGAGGGCCGCGAGCUCCCAGAAGACUCCGACUACCACCGCUACUACGUCGGCAUCUUCGACCCCGCCACAAACACCGUUGAGCUGCAUGCCGCGCCCAAACUCCACUUCUCGCGCACAAUCAAGGCGCACGCCGAGCGCGACCGCGAGAUUGACGGGAAGGGCAUUGUGCUGAACAAUCAAGACUCCCGCGCCGCCCUCGGCCGCCAAUUCGGUACCAAGAAGGCGCAAAAGGCCCUGUUAUCCCGCGAGUUGAACAAGAUCGAUAUCAGCGACAUGGACAGGAGCGUGACCACCUCCAUCAUCUCGCAGGUCGAGGAAAACACCAAAGACAUGCCCACUUCUGCGCAGCUUGGCACGCAACAACUCGACCUACGGCCCAUCCCGCCCGCAAACAAGGACGCAACCCGCCCAGAGGACGUCUACAACCUCGACGACAUCAUCCCCAAGGACGAAUGGAGUGUCCUAUGGGUGCGCGAGUGGGAGAAGGGCGCCGGCAGCAACGAGGAUGUAAAGAGUAGCACAAAGUCGCGCUUCGUGGCCACGCGCGUUGCAAAGCUCCUCGCCGCCGCAGCGGCGACGGGGAGAAGUGGAGGUGCAGAGCAGGGGCGGCUGCCGAGCAUGGCGAAGACGAAGAAAGCGCUGGGACUGGAUCAGGUGCUGGUGGAGGGGCUGUAUAGAAGGUUCGCGGAGACGACAAUGUCGGGCGAGGGCGGUGAGGCGAGAUGGGCAGUGAGUCCGUCGUUGUCGAAUAAGCUGCUGUACUAUCUGGCGGUGCUGUGCUUGAUGGCAGACUUUUGGGAGGUGGAUUUGUAUGAGCUGAAGAUUGACUUGGGGAUGCAGAUGCGAGAAAUAACGGCGGCGUUCAAAGAAGUUGGGUGCAGCGUCAAGGAGUACUCAAAAACUCAGUACCUCGACAUGAAGAUGACCAAGGCCGAAGCCACACAGCACAAGCGCGCCGUCCUCAAGAUCCCACUCGAGUUCCCCAGUGCGCCGCGGAGACGGGCUGCUGGCGGGUCGAGGAGGUAA